AUGAAGGUUUUCAUUUGCGUCUUGGCAAUGGUGUCUGCAGCCAAAGCUGGAAUCUUGGGCAUCGCUGCUGGAUCCGGUGGCUACGGUGGUGGUCAUAGUAGUGGAGGAGGCGGCUAUAUUUAUAACAAUGGGGGCUACAGUUCCGGUGGCAGUGGCUAUUCUUCCGGUAGCAGUGCCGCUAGUGUUGUAAAAGUGAUCCAUGAAGGUGGCGGUGAUCAUGGUGGAUUCUCCUCUGGCAGUCUGAGUGGUGGCUAUGGAAGCAGCCAUGGUGCCAGUUUCCACGAUAGUGGUUUUAGUGGUGGUUUUGAUGCUGGACACACUGGAGCCUUUGGUGGAAGUGGUGGCCAUGCCAUCUCUGGUGAUGUGAAAAUCAUAAAAGUGAUAUCCCAUGCAUCAGGUUCGGGCUCGGGAUACGGAGGCGGCAGUUAUGGCGGAAUUUCUGGUGGUCAUGGCGGUUUCUCCGGCGGCCAUGGAGGCAUUGUGAAAAUCCUAAAAGUUAUCCACGAAGAUGGUGGUUUCUCCGGCGGCCAUUCAGGAGGAUUUUCCGAUUAUCAUUCCGGCGGUUUCUCAUCUGGUGGUCAUUUGGAUAGCUACUCCUCUGGCCAUGCCGGUGGUUAUUCAGGAGGCCAUUCUGGUGGCGAUGUAAAGAUUUUAAAGAUUAUAAGCCAAGGUGGAAGUGGAGGUACUAGUCAUGGUGUUGUGUCAGCUGGUUAUGGAGGUGGUGCAAGCGGUUGGUCCUCUGUAGGCAGUGGUGGUUGGUAAAUGUUGUACUUGCAAGUAGAUAUUUUUUAGUAUUACUUCUCUCAUCUCAGCUAUUUAUCUUCAUUCUUUUGUAA